AUGCCAUUUGCUAUAAUAUCAAGCGUAUCUCCUAGUUUUAAUAAAAUUAUGUGGGCUCUAACUUUACUUCUACUUGCAGGAUUACAUCACAUGAAUUUUAUAUAUAUGACCAGCGCUUCUCCGGACAACUUUCAAAAGCCCUUAGGAUUUGAACUGAGAACUAAAGAUGAUUGUGUCCAAGCUUCGUUAAAUUGUAGCAUGCAUGCAUUAUGUUAUGCCAGCAUAAAUACUAGCAAUAUUAACACUACAAGAAUGUGCAUAUGCCCUAAAGGAUUUACUGGAGAUGGAGAAAGCUGCAAAGAUAUAAAUGAGUGUGCGGCCAAUGAGCUUUUAUGCUCUCCUACGACACAUGAAUGUGUUAAUACUAAUGGAUCAUACAGAUGUGAUUGUAAAAAUGGUAAUCAGUCUUGCGAAGUAAUUUGCGCAGAAACAUGUAAAAAUGAUGGAGUCUGUAGAUGGACCAAUGGUGCUGCAGAGUGCAGCUGUACGCAUAAUUUUCAUGGCGAGUUCUGUCAAUUUUACAAUAAUAAAAUUCCUACCUUUGGAGGAUUACCUAUUUCAAUUAUGUUUAUGCUUAUUGCUGUGUUAUUAGUAUUAAUUGGUAUCACCGUUGGUUUAUGCUACAAAUUAAGAAAGCGUCCAAGGAAAUAUUAUGGUACUAUUUAUAUUUUGGGUCUUAUUUUACCUACUAUCAAUUAUGUCUUGCUUCAUAGUUAA